AUGCCGGGGCCGUCGCCCGGCGGCUCCCCGGAGAGAGAAACAGGCGGGAGGCCGCGGGGGCCCGGCAGGGACCGGCGGGUGCGGUUCCGUCUGCCUCACACCGCCAUCGCGGUGCCGUCGGUGUGCGAGGAGGAGCGGCCCUUCUACCGGCGGCUGGAGGCGCUGGCAGUGCCGGGGCCCGGCGGCUUCGGGCCUCUCUUUGCUUCCGACGGUUGGAGCGACUUGACGGAGGACCGGCUGCUGCGGAAGCGCGUGGUGCGGGCCGGGCCGGGCGGGCCGCGGCCGUUGCCGGGCCAGGAGGUGUCGGUGAAGGUGCUGGGCGCCCUGGAGGACGGCGGGCUGGUAGAGCGGGACCCGCGGCUCAUCUUCGUUCCGGGUCACGGGGACGUCGUGCAGGUGAGCCCGAACCGGUGCGCGGUUCAGUGCCGUGCGGACUCAGCGCCGCCCGGGGCUCCGACUCUCCAGCCCCACCGUGCCCGUCCACAGGCUCUGGAGCUGGGCGUCCCCACCAUGCAGCCCGGGGAGGUUUCCUUCUUCCUCGCCGCUUUCCCCUACGCCUAUGGCCGCCCGGGCAGGGAGCCCGACGUGCCUCCCGAGGCGCCGCUGCUGUUCGAGGUGACGCUGCUAGAGGUGCGGGACGAUCCCGACCUGCAGUCGCUGCCGCCCGCCGACCGCCUGCGCCUGGGCUCGCAGCGCCGGGAGCGGGGCAACUUCCACUUCGCGCGGGCUGACUUCACGGCGGCGCUGCGAUCGUACCGGCUGUCCCUACGCGCCCUGGACGGCCCCACCACCGCUCCGCCUGGGCCCGAGGAGGAAGAGGAGCUGCGGGAGCAGCGCGUGAAGUGCCUCAACAACUGCGCGGCCGCCGAGUUGAAACUGGGGCGGGCGGAGGAGGCGCUGGCGGCCUGCGAGGCGGCCCUGCGGAUCAGCCCCGACAACGGUCGGGCGUUGCUCCGGCGCGGACAGCUGCUGGCAGAGCAGGGCCGGGACGCAGAGGCGGUGGUGGUCCUGAAGAGAGCUCUGGAGCUGGACCCGGCCAACAAGGUGAUCCACACCGAACUCUCACGGCUGGCGAAGCGCAAGAGCCUCCCAUCCAACGACGCCCCGCAGAAUCCCCGCCACGACCCGAUGCCGCUGCCGAGCCCUGCAUCCCCCGCGCCGCCCGCGGCGGAAGGAGCGAUCUGAGCGGCCCCGCAGCGCUCCAGAGCCUGACCGAGGAGAUAGAAGAGCUCUCGUACCGUCCUUCCCGCAUCGCCCCACACUCCCUGGGGCGGAGAACUCUGCGGGAGGAGGGCUGAGGGAGGAGCGGGACGGCGCCCCGCGCCCCAGCCCCCGUCCCGCACCGUCCGCAUCACUCUCCCCCUUGGCAGAGCUGCCCGCACGCCUCAUGACGUCACGCCGGGGGGCGGUUCUCCCACGCCACGCAUCCUGUCGCGCGGGGGCGGCUGCGGCGCUUGCGCCCAACCUUCCGGCUUUUUCGCCCCCGCCGGCAGAAGGGAGGCCAUAGCCCCC